UGAAUGCCGUCGCUGACAUCAGGUGAGGCCGGCUUCCCUCCUGUCAUUCCGCCCAAGUCGAACCUCAUCUUCGACGUCGAGCUUGUCGCCAUCAAGAACCGCAAGCCCAAGGGCGAGCUCUAGGAGCGCAGCGCAGCCGGUGGGUGCGAUUGCGACGUGUCUAACUCCAGGAUAAGGCGAGAACAGUAUGCAUCACGGACAGAUAUCAUGCAAGGACAAGUGUCACGCCUGCUGCGAGUGCACGAUGGCUUUCGGAUUCACUCAUGCCGCUGCCUUCAUGUCACCUCGCAGUUCCACAUACGCGGUGAUCAGACGGUUUCAUCUCGCUGCCUGUUUAGGGCCGAUGGAACUAAAUUGAAGCCUCUCCCCAAUUCCCCAACCGACUCCCACCAUGCAAGCGCCCACACACAAGACGACGAAUUCAGCAUACUGACCGCAGCGCGCGCGAUGUGUGUCGCGAUCCAGCAUAACAUCGUCUCCUCCUUAGCUCAGUUGGUAGAGCGCGACACUAGUAUUCAUCGGCCGUUCAUCCGUCCGGGCUAUGUCGAGGUCAGUCGUUCGAGUCGGCUAGGAGGAAUCAAGUGCCGAGUGGCAUCAUCACUGUUUUUGGCGCCUGGCAUCAUCAUGGCUGUCGGAGACGUCGAUAGCGUCUCGGCGCACCGGUACGGCCGUACGGCGGGGCGAGGCGACGGUGGCCGUCGAUCUUCACAGCGUCGAUGGGUGUGUCCAGGCACUGCCACGUGGUACGUCGGCGGUGAUCAGCUUUGAGUGAGGACACGCUGCAAAUAGAGGGCAAGGGGGGACCGUAAGACGGCGAGCUCGGCGCCGAGAGACCGGACAAUAAUCACUAGAUGGCGGACAGGCUGACGGCCCGGUUGACCUGCUUCUCCCUCCUCUCAGAUCUCGCCUACUGACUCCCAUUUUUUGGUCCUCCACUCUGAGAGCAGCUCGUGACUCCCAUUUGCACCACAUGUGCGACCAACUCUGAUUUUAUGUCUCUGUCAGACGAAGGGGAACGUCGAUACAGAGACGUAUGAUGCGCUAGGGGAUCUCAAGUUUGCGGCCUGACCAGCGCAUGCCAGCACGGAAUGCCCUCCGCUCUCAAUACCCGGCACGCCA